AUGGAGGCCCAGAUAGAUGAACUGAUCAAUAAAGAGCCAGUUUGGUCUAGCCAAAACGAAAACUUGAUUUCAAAGCCUUAUAGCCAUAUUCUUUUGAAACCAGGUAAAAAUUUCAGACUAAAUUUAAUACUUCAAAUAAACAGAGUUUUGAAUCUGCCUAAAGACCAACUGGCCAUCGUUUCUCAAAUAAUCGAGCUCUUACAUAACUCCAGUCUUUUAAUCGACGAUAUAGAAGAUAAUGCUCCUUUGAGAAGAGGCCAAACCACAGCCCAUCUAAUCUUUGGUAUCCCAUCCACUUUGAACACCGCUAAUUACAUGUACUUCAAAGCUAUGCAGCUUCUCUCGCAACUAACCUCAGAGCCGCCACUUUACCAUGAACUGGUUACGAUAUUUAAUGAAGAACUGAUUAAUCUACAUAGGGGACAAGGAUUGGAUAUAUAUUGGAGAGACUUUUUGCCCGAAAUCAUACCCACUCAACAAAUGUAUUUGAACAUGGUUAUGAAUAAAACCGGUGGUCUUUUUAGGUUGACGUUGAGGCUCAUGGAAACGUUGUCUCCUACCUCACACCACGGCCAUUCGCUGGUUCCUUUCAUAAAUCUUUUAGGCAUCAUUUACCAGAUCAGAGAUGAUUACUUGAAUUUGAAAGAUUUUCAAAUGUCCAGUGAAAAAGGUUUCGCCGAAGAUAUUACAGAGGGCAAGAUAUCGUUUCCCAUCGUCCAUGCUCUCAACUUCACCAAAUCCGAAGGUCACACGGAGAAGCACGAUGAAAUUUUAAGAAUUCUUUCAUUGAGGACGAAUGAUAAAGAUUUGAAAUUGAAAUUGAUUGAAAUAUUGGAAUUCCAUACUAAUUCAUUGGACUAUACCAAAAAUUUUAUCAAUCAAUUGGUGAACAUGAUAAAAAAUGAUAAGGAGAAUAAGUAUUUGCCCGUUUUGACUUUGCAUUCCAAUACCGCUGCCAAUUUACGUGGCGAAUUGUUAUAUAUAAUAGACCACCUAUCUGAGUUGUAA